AUGAAUUUGACUACUCUAUUUGCUGCAUGUGUGUUGGGAGUGUUCGAGCAGCUGCAUGCGUCGGAGCGUCUGCUGUCUUGGCCAGUCUUCGUACUUGCUCUGCAGCAGCAGCGCUGCAGCAGCGCUCUGGCCAAACAGUGUGUGUCGGCCUACCCCCAAUCUACUGUCACCAUCUUUGACCUUCCCAAGGUCGUGCAGACGUCCCGAGAGCACUUUGUGUCCCCUCAAGACACACGGAUCUCAUUCUCUGAAGGAGAUUUCUUUAAGGAUGCUCUACCGGAGGCGGAUCUCUACAUUCUCGCCCGGAUUCUGCAUGACUGGACAGAUCAGCGAAAUGUGGAGUUGAUGACCAAAGUUUACCCGUCCUGUAGACCAGGGGUUCUUGACACAACAAAUAAACCUCUUGUAUUCUCUGAAACUUCAGAUGAGGAAAUGUCAUCACAAGUCUCGUCACACACCACUCUCGCUCUGAGCUAUUCUUCCUACUGA